AUGCACAAAGUGGUUACCAUUGCGGGCUCCGACACGAGUGGUGGUGCAGGCAUUUUGGCCGACGUAAAAGUAUUUCAAAAACAUCGUUUAUAUCCGAUGACUAUUUUGACAUCAAUCGUAACUCAAACGUCCAGUGAGUGGAAACAUGAAGUUCAUCCAGUUGAUAUUAUAAUAAUCGAGAAACAAAUGGAUACCGUAUUUGAUGGUAUUGGUGGUAUUGAUGCAAUUAAAACCGGUUUAUUACCUACAACAGAGACGAUUGAAUGUGUUGCCCGAAAAUUGUCUGUAUUAGUCAAAGCUAAAAAGGUGAAGUAUAUAGUAAUUGAUCCUGUGAUGAAAUGCAAAGGUGAUGAACAGAGUGAAAAUGAUCUACUAAAUACAAAACAAAUAGUUGAUGCAUAUAUAAAAUAUUUAUUACCAUUAGCUACAGUUGUCACACCCAAUUUAUUUGAAGCUGGGCAAUUAGCAAAAACACAAACACCAACCACAGUCGAUGAUAUGAAAAAUGCAGCUAAAACAAUAUAUGAGUAUGGCGUUAAAAACGUGAUUAUCAAAGGUGGUGGCGAUUCAAAAAAGUCAGUUAACUUGCUUUAUGAUGGAAAAAACUUUGAUUUAAUUGAAGGAGAAUAUGUUGAUACAAAAUGUACUCAUGGAACUGGUUGUGUAUUUAGCGCUUGUAUAACAGCUCAGCUAGCAAAUGGUAAAACAAAUAUUCAAGAUGCUGUUAGGAGUGCGAAAGAAUACGUGGCCAAUGCACUGAAAAAAACAUCGUUCAAAGUAAACGAUCAUGUUGGAACAAUGACGCAUGAAUAA